ACAAAAUAUGAAUUAAUUAGAUGAAGUAGUCAAGUUUGCUCUUUAUUAAUGUAGAGCUAGAAACAAUCCUAUCACUGAAACAUUAGCAUCCUAUGUUGCUUAAACUAUUCUUAAUAAAAGUAAAUAUCAUUUCUUAUUUCAAAAGGAACUAAUAAAUUUUAUUUAGAAGAAAAACUCAAUGAAAGCGAAUUAAAUGAACUUAAAAAUGAAACUCUUAAUAAACUCAGUAAUUAAAAUGCACCAGAUUUAAAAACUAUCCAAUUACAAAUAUGUAACAAUCUAUUAUCCAUAUUAAGAAUACGAUAGUGCCUAUGUCGAAAUGGAAUUAUAAAGACAAGAGAAAAUCAAAAAACAAUCUAAUGAAACUGGAAAAUACAUUGAUGAUGUUGUUACUUUAGAAAUUAAAAAUGCUAAAGAUUUUGAAGGUUUGACCACUUUAUACACUAAAAUGUUUCAUUAUUUGAUAUAUAAGAAUAAAGAAUUAAUUGAAGAUCCUAUUAAUUUUGAUGCAUAAGCUCAAUUCAAUAUGGAUAAAGGUAUUAUUCAUUUUAUAUUACUAUUAACUUUUAGAAGUAGGAGCUGCCCUAGAAAGUGUUAUUCCUAGAGCUGCUCUUGGACCUUUUGUAUCCUUGAAUCCUUCAGAAAAAGUUACUUAAUUAGUUGAAUUAGCCAAUCUAGUUAUUGGAAUUAGAUUAUUCAAUAAGAAAAUUGGAAAAGGAGGAGUCUCACUGAGCUCUUUAGAAGAUCUUACUAAAUAUAAUGCUAGAGAACUUUCUGAAUAAAUUAAACAAAUAGCUUUAGAAACUAUUGAACAAUGUGAAAUUUAUACUACUUUCUUCAUUAAUUAAGAUAAAUUCUAAAUGAAUGCUGAAGAUAUUGAUAAAUAUAAAGAUGAAUUGGCAUUCCUUAGAUAAUAUUUAUCUUACAUUUUAUCCUUACAAGAAGAUAUUGAAUAAAGUGAAGCUAUGAUUGAAUAAAAUAGAAUUAGAUUCAUUAAAGAAAUGGAAGAUUUGAAAAAACUAUUAGAACAUAAAUCAUCUGCACCAAAAGAAUAAGUCUAUCCGAAAUUUGCAUUAUUAGCUUAGAGUCAUAUUGGUCUAUUUGAAGAUAAAUAAAUAUCAAUUGAAAGAGUUGAACUUUUUCGUCUGUUAAUAGAUCUUAGAAAAAUGAUGAAACUUUCCAUGCCUCUAGCUAUUUAAAAAUAAUGUAAAUAAAUGGAAUCCACUUAACCUGAUAAUUUAUCUUUGAUUAAUUAUUAACCUGAAUCAGGAGUGUAAAGAUUAUUACCUCAAAAUACUCCUGAUUUUAUGUAAACAUAAUUAGAUUAUUUUGGAUUCUGUAUUUGGUCUGUUGUUAAGAAAAAUGGAUUAUUAAUCCCAGGUAAACCAUCUUUAGGUGUUUUCAGAUAUAGAGAUAAGAAUUGUGUUUUUAGUAAUGAAAUAGCUAUUAAUGAAUUCUUAUCAGAACCAUAAAAAUAUUUAGCUGGAGUGAUUGAUAUAUGUCGAUAGAAACCACAUCUUAUUAGAUUAUUUAGAGUAGAAGAGAAUUUUAAGAAUCUCAAUCUUAAACUUACUUUUGAAAGUGGUAGUUUAUUAUCUAAUAAAUUAAUGGUUGAUAAAGAUGUAUAAACACCUGUUCACUUUAUUGAAAAAAACCUUGAUCCUAAUUAUUGUUGGAAUGAAUGGGAAUUGAGAAGAAAAGUAUCUAUUCUACUAUUAUUAUUAGGCUAUACAAAUGGCUAAUAUUAGAAAAAGAUAAACCAAAGCAUCUUAAACUAUUUUAAGUAAUUUCAAAGUUGAUAGUGAAGUAAUUCUAUUUAUUUUUAUUAAAUUAGGCUUAAGUUUAUGAAAUGAAAGAUCAAUCAACUUCGACAGGAUAAAAUAAAGGAUUAAAUCCAUUAAGACCAAGAAACUAUAUUGUUGGUCUAAGAGAUAAAACAUAUAACCAAUAAUGA